UCCACAGGUUCUACCAUGGGACGGCUUGAUGGAAAGGUUAUAGUACUCUCUGCUGCAGCUCAAGGGAUUGGCCGAGCAACUGCCAUUGCCUUUGCUAAGGAAGGAGCCCAGGUCAUUGCUACAGAUGUCAAUGAGUCCAAACUUCGAGAACUAGAAGCAUUUCCAGGCAUUCAAGUUCAGGUGCUGGAUGUCACCGACAAAGGGCAGAUUGAAAAUUUGGCCAAGGAAGUGAAAAAAAUCGAUGUUCUCUGUAAUGUUGCAGGGUAUGUACAUCAUGGAACCAUUUUGGAUUGUGAGGAAAAGGACUGGGACUUCACAAUGGCGGUCAAUGUUCGUAGCAUGUAUCUGAUGAUCAAAGCAUUCCUUCCUAAGAUGCUUGAGCAGAAAUCGGGUAAUAUUAUCAACAUGGCUUCUGUGGCAUCCAGCAUCAAAGGAGUUGCCAAUCGGUGUGUCUAUAGCACCUCAAAGGCUGCAGUCAUUGGUCUCACCAAGUCCGUUGCAGCUGACUUCGUUGAUCAAGGCAUCAGAUGCAACUGUAUUUGCCCUGGUACUGUUGACACUCCUUCUCUACGUGAGCGAAUCCAGGCCAGGCCUAAUCCUGAAAAGGCGCUGAAGGACAUGGUGGCCAGACAAAAGAUGGGCAGGCUUGGUACAGCUGAAGAAAUAGCCCAGCUUUUUGUCUAUCUGGCUUCUGAUGAAUCAGCCUAUGUGACUGGCAAUGAAUGCAUCAUUGAUGGUGGCUGGAACCUGUGACUUACUUUUCUGAAGAGUCCUUAUGCAAAUGGCAAAGUGCCCUUUGGAGAACAGAAAAGCAAAACUGCUUACACUCUAAUAGACAUCUCAGUGCUGCUGGCACUCUUAAUGGCUAAAAAUGAUUGAUUCCCUUCUCCCACCUGAUUUGUCAGUUAUCUGGUAGGUGCCGAGCCUUCUUUUCCACUCUUUUCUUGCGCUAUACAUGCUUGUUCAUUUCUUUGUGGUGUGCGGCCUGCACAUUUUAUGUUGCCUGCAGCUUUUUAACUGGAGAUGCUGGAGCUUGAACCUAAGACCUGCAGGCAAAAGAGCCACAGCCCCUCACAUUCCCUCUCUUGCUGUGUCCUUCUGUUGCAAAAAGAUCACAUUUUCCACGUCCGUUGCUAUGCAGAAUGUAGUGAGCUGAAUGUCGUAGUCACUCAUUGGAUGUUAACUGUGACACAAUCAAUGCUCACCCUAAGUUGUGGUGACUUGUGAGUAACAAUUCUACUUUGUGAGUUACUGGCAUGAAUGUUGUGAGCCAGCGAUUUGGCUACUGCAUAAAUUAGUUUACUCGGGGGGGCCAUCCUUCCUGAGCUAAGACAAAAAUGUGUGAGCCAGAGGGUAAAAAACUGAGCUAGCUCACUCUAACUCAGCUUAGAGGGAACACUGGACACAACUCAUUGUGCACAAAGCCAGUCUUUCCUCAAUUUAUCUGCACUGGGGGGCGGGAUUAUUUCAUCUUUACUACUUAGAGGCUAUGCACUGCUGUAAAAACCCACUGCAGACACACAUUCCUGGCUUUUAAUAGUAAUGAAUAGCAGUAAGACACCCUUUCUGCAUGCAUACAUCCACCACUUAGCUUUUUCUAGUUUGUGUUUUGUUCAUUAGAAAAUGCCUGACUCCUAUUCCCACACUGGUACUUGCAUCUAACUUAACUAUAAAAGAGAAAGGGGGCAACAAACAGCACAUUUUUCUCUGACUAUUCAAUCAGAAAUAUUAAAAUGGAGCAAAGUCUGAUCAUGCUUUUAAAAACAAAAUUACUUUUAUUGAUUACUUGAUAGAACCAAUAAAAUGCUUUCC